AUGACACAUAGUCCUGACUAUGUUCCAAUUCCAGUCCCUAAAGAUACUAAAUUCCCUUCAGAUUUCUUCACCAAAGUGAGCGUCUACAAAGAGAAAGCGAAGGGAAAGGGAAAGGCCUCAGUGGAUUACUCCUUCCCCAAUAAACCAGAUCCACACAACAAUGGUAUCUUCAGAUCUGGGGUAUUGGAACUCAGCUGGCACCAGGAGUAUACCAAAUGCUGUCACCCCCUGAUGCAAGGCAAUGGCAUUACUCCAUUUCUCUACCUCUCACUUCUUCAUGCCUUUAAACCUUGGACUGACGAAGAUCCCAAUGACUUCGACUUUGUCAUUGGCCAUGCCAAGAAUUUGAUGCAAAACAAAAAUGAGUACAUCCAGAACCCCACUCUUUUUGUUCAACAGCUCCAGGGCAUUGGUGAUGAGUCUGGGGAUGAAGUUGAUGAAGAAACUCAUUUGGGGGGCUACAAAGCAUGUCAACAAAUCCAUGCAGGACAUGGGCUGGGUCCACAGGGGGGACAAUUGCAAUGGCCCAAUUGA